AGACCCGGAAGUGAAUCGAGCUGACGGGCAGAAACUCUCCGGUGAGGGAAUUUGGGAUACCCAGUAUCAAGCCCGUGUUUCGAGGCAGCACAGCCUGCUGUCCUCCACUCCGAGGCUCUCUGGUGGCUACAACUACCGUUCUCUCCCACCCGCUCACGCACUCAGGGUUCACUUCUCAAGACUGAUCUUAUCCGAGAAAGAAGCCCCGAGGAACAGGAAAGAAAGAGGAGGUCGAAAUGAGUCGUUCCCAGGUGCUGUUGACCUUCAGGGAUGUGACCGUAGAUUUCUCUCAGGAGGAGUGGGAGUGCCUGGACCCCGCUCAGAGGGCCUUGUACCAGGAAGUGAUGCUGGAGAACUACAGCAACCUGGUCUCCCUGGGUGUGGAUAAAGUGCGUCCAGAUGUUGGGAUCUGCCCUAAUAUUUCUGUUAGAAGUGUGAUUAAGGAAUUAUCAACAAAAGAGGAUAUUAACAAAGAAGAACUGUUCCAAACACUGAUGUUGGAAAGACACAAAAGAAAUGACAUCAAGGGUUUGGGUUUCAGAGAGGUCCAGCAAAGUACACAUGAGUUUGAGAGUCACUAUGGAUAUAAUGAAACAAAUUACAAAGGAGUAACUGCAGCCCAUAACCACAGUUUCACUGGUAGAAGAGAUCAACAGCAUAACAUCUCCUGGAAUGUUUUCCCUCUAAAACAGGAUGUUUCUGUAAGGAAAAGUACUUCUCAAUCUUACAAAUGCGAGAAGUCAUAUAAAAGUUAUUUGUUAAAACUAGAAAAUAACGUAACUUGUGCAGGAAACAAGUAUAUAAAAUGUUUUGAAAAUGGGAUUGGAUUAAGGUUUCAGUCACAUCUGACUGACCUUCAGAAGUUUCAAACUGAAGAGAAAAUUCACGCAUGUUAUCAAGUUGAGAGGUUGAUCAACAGUAGUUCUGCUUCGCCACUUCAAAGAAUUCCUUCUAAUAUCAACAUUAGCAUUUGUAGUAAAUCCAGGAAAUUUCUUAUUCAUCCUCCAUUACUUACACAUCAAAAACCACAUAAUAAUGAAGAGCCUUACAAAUGUAAUGAUUGUGGGAAGGCUUUUAGAGGAAGCUCAAACCUCACCAAUCAUCAAAGAAUUCAUUCUGGGCAGAAACCUUACAAAUGUAAUGACUGUGACAAAUCCUUUAACCGGAUCUCACACCUCACUAGACACCAGAGGAUCCAUACUGGAGAGAAACCAUAUAAAUGUAAUGUGUGUGGCAAGGUCUAUAGUCAACAUUCAAAUCUUACAAUUCAUCAGAGAGUUCAUACAGGAGAGAAGCCUUACAAAUGUGAAGAAUGUGGCAAAGCCUUUACCGAAUUUGCAAAACUUACUAGACAUCAGAGAAUCCAUACCAGAGAGAAACCAUAUAAAUGUAAUAUAUGUGGCAAGGGCUAUAGUCAAAAUUCAAAUCUUUCACGGCAUCAGAAAAUUCAUACAGGAGAGAAACCUUACAAAUGUAAUGAAUGUGGCAAAGCUUUUUCUGAGUAUUCAAGCCUUACUCGACAUAAGCGAAUCCAUUCUGGAGAGAAACCUUAUAAAUGUAAUGAAUGUGGGAAAACCUUCAGAGGAAGCUCAAAUCUCACCCUUCAUCAAAGAAUUCAUUCUGGGCAGAGACCUUACAAAUGUAAUGAGUGUGACAAAUCCUUUAACUGCAUCUCACACCUCACUAGACACCAGAGAAUCCAUACUGGAGAGAAACCAUAUAAAUGUGAUGUGUGUGGCAAGGUCUGUAGUCAAUAUUCAAAUCUUGUAAUUCAUCAGAGAGUUCAUACAGGAGAGAAGCCUUACAAAUGUAAUGAGUGUGGCAAAGCCUUUAUGGAGGGUUCAAGCCUUACUCAACAUAAGAGAAUCCAUAGUGGAGAAAAGCCUUACAAAUGUAAAGAAUGUGGCAAAGCCUUUACCCAAUUUGCAAAACUUACUAGACAUCAGAGAAUCCAUACCAGAGAGAAACCAUAUAAAUGUAAUAUACGUGGCAAGGGCUGUAGUCAAAAUUUAAAUCUUGCACAGCAUCAGAAAAUUCAUAUGGGAGAGAAACCUUACAAAUGUAAUGAAUGUGGCAAAGCCUUUUCUGAGUAUUCAAGCCUUACUAGACAUAAACAAAUCCAUUCUGGAGAGAAACCUUAUAAAUGUAAUGAUUGUGGGAAAACUUUUAGAGGCAGCUCAAACCUCACCAAUCAUCAGAGAACUCAUUCUGGGCGGAGAUCUUACAAAUGUAAUGAGUGUGACAAAUCCUUCAACUGCAUCUCACACCUCACUAGACACCAGAGAAUCCAUACUGGAGAGAAACCAUAUAAAUGUGAUGUGUGUGGCAAGGUCUGUAGUCAAUAUUCAAAUCUUAUAAUUCAUCAGAGAGUUCAUACAGGAGAGAAACCUUACAAAUGUAAUGAGUGUGGCAAAGCCUUUAUGGAGGGUUCAAGCCUUACUCAACAUAAGAGAAUCCAUAGUGGAGAAAAGCCUUACAAAUGUAAAGAAUGUGGCAAAGCCUUUAGCCAGUCCUCUAACCUUGUCAUACAUCAGAUGAUUCAUACUGGAGAGAAGCCUUACAAAUGUAAUGAGUGUGGCAAAGCCUUUAAUGUGUGUUCAAGCCUUGUCCGGCAUCGAAGAAUCCAUACUGGAGAGAAGCCUUACAAAUGCAAUGAAUGUGGCAAGUCCUUUACUCAAUUUGCAAACCUUACUAGACAUGAGAAGAUGCAUACUGAAUAGAAACACUGUAAAUUCAAUACGUGUAGAAAUGCUAUUGUCCAAAAAUCAAGUACCGGGGAUCAUCAGAGAAUCUGUAGUGAAGAGAAACCUCACAAAUAUAAUGUUUAUAGUAACACCUUUAAUGUGUGUUCAAAACUUACUCAACAUCAAAGAAUCCAUGCUGAAUAGAAACCAUAUAAAAGUCAUGUAUUUGCAAA